AUGACCCCAUGGUUCACGUCUCGUAGCAUUGGUGAGCUUGUUCUUCCUCCUUCUCUGCGUCGAUACUGUGCUGCUGCGAAUAUGACGCGCGGAUCGCUGGUCAAGUGCUUCACGGGUCUCUUGACGCUGCAAAGUGUCCUGGGUACUCCGGUCAAGAGCGGGGAAUCAUGGUCUUCCGAUUACCCUUCGCAGCCCAUUCUGAAAGAGGGAGAGUUGGGUGCUGUCGCAUCAGAGAGUGACAUCUGCAGCCAUAUCGGUAUUGAGUUAUUGAAGCUGGGUGGAAAUGCUGCGGAUGCCAUGGUCGGUACUGUGGCAUGUGUAGGCGUUGUCGGCAUGUACCAUUCUGGUAUUGGCGGAGGAGGUUUCAUGCUUGUACGAGCACCAAACGGCACAUACGAGUUCAUUGACUUCCGUGAGACGGCCCCAGCCGCUGCAUUUGAAGACAUGUACAAGAACAACACAGAUGCCAGUAUCAAUGGUGGCCUUGCCUCCGGAGUCCCUGGUGAAUUGCGAGGUCUUCAACAUCUUCACGAGAACUACGGUGUUUUGCCAUGGGCCACCGUCCUCACCCCAGCUGUCAAGGUCGCAAGAAAUGGCUGGAGAGUCAACGAAGAUCUCGUCAAAUAUAUGGCUUCCGCUACCUCAUCUUCCAACUUCUUGGUCGAUGAUGUUGAGUUUGCCCUUGAUUUUGCGCCGAGAGGACGUCUUCUCAAGCUCAAUGAGACAAUUACGCGGAAGCGCUAUGCUGACACACUCGAGACCAUUGCCAAGGACGGUCCAGAUGCAUUCUACAGUGGCCCCAUAGCAGAAGCCACGAUCCGGGCUCUCCAAGCCGCCAACGGAACCAUGACCCUUGAUGACCUUACCAACUACACCGUUGCCAUUCGCAAGCCAUCCACCAUAAACUACCACGACUACAAGCUCACAGCCUGCAGCGCCCCUUCAGGCGGUGAAGUUGCCCUCGCAACGCUCAAGAUCAUGGAAGGCUACUCCGAGGUUGGCAACCCGGAAAACAUCAACCUAACCACCCACCGCCUGGACGAAAGCAUGAGAUUUGCCUACGGCAUGCGCGCCGAACUAGGUGAUCCCCUCUUCCUCGACGGCAUAGACGCGUAUCAGGAGCAGAUGAUCUCCGAAGCCACAGCUAAAGAGAUUCGCUCCAAGAUCUCCGACACAAAGACCUUCGACGUGUCCUACUACAACCCUGCUGGUCUCGAAUCCCUCGAAACCCCUGGAACAAGCCACAUUGUAACGGCAGACAAGAGCGGCAUGGCCGUCACACUAACGACAACCGUAAAUCUGCUCUUCGGAAGCAAGCUCGUCGUGCCAGAAACCGGUGUCAUCAUGAACAAUGAAAUGAACGAUUUCAGCAUCCCGAACACGACGAAUGCUUUUGGGUAUAUCCCGUCGCCUGCGAACUUUGUUCGUCCUGGGAAACGUCCUCUCUCAUCCAUCUCCCCUGUUAUUGUCGAACACCUCAAUUCGUCGUCUAUUGCCAAUGCUUUCUACGUUGCUAUUGGCGCUGCGGGCGGCAGUCGCAUCAUCACAGCUACCAUCCAGAACUUGAUACAUAUUCUGGAUGGGGAGAAGACGACGGCGGAGGCACUGGCUGAGCCAAGAAUUCAUGACCAGUUGGUGCCUGCGCAAGUGAGCUUCGAGUAUGGGUUUAAUAACGGAACCACGGCUUUCUUGAAGGAGCUGGGAAGCAAUGUUACCUGGGUUGCGCCUGGUUCAAGUACGGCGCAGGGUUUGAGACGCUUGACAAACGGAACCUUUGAAGCUGCUGGUGAGCCUAGACAGAAGAACAGUGGUGGAUUCGCCGUUUAG